AGAGAACAGAAAUUACCAUGAAAUCAAAGGAAUUGAUGACACCACCUAUAGCAGACAAAAAGGACAGAACCAUCCAGCGCCUGACCCUGAUCAUCGAAAGCCAGGCCCAGCAAUUAAAGGAACUGACUGAGACAGUAAAAUAGACUGCCUGACCACCCAAGUAUCAAAUUGUUGAAAGUCCCGUCAAAACCAUCUUGGUGGCCAUGGUAACAAUGUGACAU